AUGCUUCAGUCGCACAACAUGGCGUCUGCAGUAAUCUUAGGCCUCAUCCUCCUAAUUCCAAUCAUCUUGAUUCCCCGCUUCACAGGAUGGCCCAAAUCAGUCCAAUCCCCAACCAAACUUCUCCGCCUAUGGCGCCAGCGCCCCAAACAAUCCAGCGAGAUCAUCUCUUUACACAUGUACCCCAUAAAAUCAUGUCGAGGCCUAGAAGUCCAGUCAACAGUCCUGAAACAGCACGGACUUGACCUCGACCGCCGCUGGAUGCUCAUCGAUGCAUCCUCAAAUGACUUUUUAACCAUCCGUCAAAUCCCGGAUAUGACCCGUAUCCGUACCGCCCUAAGUGCCGACGGCAACGAGUUGGUCGUGAGUAUCCCAAAACCAGAAACCAAUGAACCCAGCCAAGGCAAAUACAAAUAUCAAGACAAAGUCCAAGGCCAAGACCAAGACCAAGACCAAGACCAUCAAUUCCACACAAUCCGCAUCCCUUCUCAUCCAUCCCCGCAAUGGCUAGCGGCAAAUACAAAUAUGGGCCCCGUUCAGAUCUGGGACACGCAUACAGACGGGUACAGGUACAACGAUGAAAUCAACGCCCCCUUCUCCGCCUUCCUGCGUCGCGAAGUUGCCCUGGUUUACAAGGGCCCGACCCCACGCGUGCUGAAGGGUAAUGGCGCCCCGCGCCGUCUAGGCCGCGUCCAGACAACCGGCUUUCCGGAUGUGCACCCGGUUCUGAUUGCGUCUGAGGCUUCGCUGGCAGAGCUCAAUGUUCGUUUGGGAAGAGUGGGCGUCGACCCGAUCACUGUCGAGCGGUUCCGUCCGAAUAUAGUUGUUCGCGGCGGGGCGCCCUGGAGUGAAGACUCGUGGAAGUUGAUUCGCAUUACCGGUCGGAGAGCUGGCGGCGCUUUGGGUGGUUCAGCCAGCAGUGGUGAGGCUGUUAUUCAGCCUGCGCUUGAUCUGGAUAUUGUGGCUCGUUGUGCGCGCUGCCAAGUGCCGAAUGUUGAUCCAGAGACGGCGCUCAAGCAUAAGAAGCAGCCGUGGGAUACACUUGUUUCGUACCGUAGAGUUGAUGAGGGAAUUAAGUAUAAACCUUGUUUUGGGAUGUUGAGUGCGCCGCGUAAUGAGGGCGCUAUUGAGGUUGGGAUGAAGUUGGAGGUUUUGGAGGAGACGACUGAGCAUCGAUAUAUUACUGGUUUUUAG